AUGCUUCUUCAUCCUCUGUGGACUCUUGAUUCCAUUGUUCCCUGUGUUUCGCAAUGCCACAAUGAUGCCCUCCUCAAGCCUUUUGAGGUAGAGGAAGUAAGAUCUGCUUUAUUUUCCAUGUUCCUUGACAAAGCCCCAGGGCAUGAUGGGAUGAAUCCGGGUUUCUAUCAACAUUUUUGGGAUGUGGAAACAGUGUGGGGUGGUGGGUUGGGGUACCCUCAAGUUGGAUAUAGCCAAGGCUUACGACCGUUAGACCGUAUGGAAUGGUCCUUCCUCCGUAAAAUGUUGUUGGCUUUGGGUUUCGUAGUUGAGUGGGUAAACCUGAUUAUGCUUUGUGUCACCACGGUUUCUUAUAGUUUCCUAGUUAAUGGUGAGAAUGCUGGCCAAGUUAUCCCCACCCAUGGUAUUCGGCAGGGUGAUCCCCUUUCGCCUUAUUUGUUUAUUAUCUGUGCAGAGGGACUCUCCUUGUUACUGCAGCAAGUUGAGUCUCGGGGAUUAUUUCAUGGUUGCAGGGUUGCUAGGGGAGCUCCUCCUAUCUCACAUUUGUUUUUUGCAUAUGAUAGCCUCUUGUUUUUUAAAGCAAUUGUCCAAGAGGCAUGUGUUAUUAAGCAAUGUCUCAAUGAGUAUGAGGAUAUGUCAGGGCAGGCAGAGAAUUUCCAUAAGUCCAGGAGGAAUAAGAGAACUGUUUUCUCAUACAUCGAAUAUAAGAUAAAGCACAGGAUUGGUACUUGGAAUAAGAGACUUUUGUCCCAGGCAGGUACUGAUAGGGGUAUUCAUUGGAAGGCUUGUGAUCGUUUAUGUGUCCCCAAGAAGUUUGGUGGCUUGGGUUUCAAAGAUUUGAGGGCUUUCAAUUUGGCUAUGUUAGGCAAGCAAGCUUGGAGGUUUUUAACAAGGCCUCAUACCUUAGUGGCUCGAAUAUAUAAGGCUAGGUAUUUUCCUAGAUCCUCUUUUAUAAAUGCUACUUUAGGUAGCUGUCCAAGUUUCUGCUGGCGUAGUGUUGUGGCCGCCCAUGAGUUGGUUUGUAGUGGGGUUAGGAGGAGAGUGGGGAAUGGUGCUUCCACCUUGAUCUGGGAACACCCCUGGCUACCAGAUGAUCUCACUCCAAUGAUUUAG